AUGAUUCAUGUACGUAUUGACAAUCAAAACUCAACGGCGGUUGAUAUUUAUGUUAACAUAUCUCCUAAGAAUACGAUUACGACUUCAUCACCAAUUCCUAUAAGUGAUUAUCGUACUAAUGAAAAUGUAUACGAUCGUUUAUUUGAUACGGCAACGUGUACGCCACGACAAUCGAAAAUUGUUAAAAACCGAAAGGAUUAUGUUCGUCCAAUAGAUAAAAAACAUUACACACUUGAACAAAUACUUAAUAAUGUUGAAACUAUACAAAAACAAUAUGAACAAGUUGUCCAUCAUCGAACAACGCCAGCAUCAACACCAUCAUGUUUUUUUACAUUUAAACAAAUUACGAAAUUAUUAAAAAAUCUACGAACAAUUAAAACGAAAUCAAACGAUGAAAAUACGAUUAACAAACAAUAUUCCGAACAUAAAUCUCCAUUUGUUUUCGGUGGCGAAACAUUACAAUGGAUUGCUUUUCCUCAAGAUGAUUCUCAUAUUUAUGAAAAUGAGUUUAUUGAAUAG